AUGGCUACCAGAACAAUCUCAAGCCCUUCCGCUUCUUUUAGAUUCCUGACAACGGCCCAAGUCCUUCGCCUCCAUAGUCGUUACAUAAAUCCAUCUCAACCGGCAGUUCAACCUGCGCUCCUCGACUCGGCCACCCAUGCUCCAGUCAAUACCCUCUAUUUUGGUUCUGCCAACCAACAUAACGUCUUCUACCUCGCUGCAAACCUUGCCCAGAAGCUCAUGCUGAAUCACCCUUUCCAAGACGGGAACAAACGCACCUCGCUACUCACCGCCAGGGUUUUCCUUCGGAUUAAUGGGUACCAGAUGAAGCCUAUGGAAGAUGGACCUGAGGUGAAAGGAAAUGGUACGAUGAAGCUUGAAGAUGCAAUUGUGGGAACUGUGACCAAAAGAUUGGAUGUGGGUAUGCUAAAAGAGUAUUUCGAGGCGAUCAGCGAGGUAGUUGAGAAAUGA